UGCAUGUGAGCUGUAGCAUGUGGAGUACAGAGCGUGUUCCUCUUUUUGUCCUCUUAUCCCCUUCUUACUUUUCCUUUUAAUUCUGUCAUUUCUACCGGGUGAAUAUAGCAGAUGUUCCUGUAGGACUGUAUACCCUGUAAUCCUGUUGUCCAGAGCAGUGCAGUGAUGGCAGAAAGAUGUGAAUUUGACCUGACCUAUAUUACUGAGCGCAUCAUCGCUGUCUCCUUCAGUCCAACAUGCCCAGAGAAGACCUACCUGACCAACUUAUACAACAUCACACAGAUGUUGCAAUCCAAACACUCUGACAAUUACCUGGUCAUUAACCUUUCAGAACCGAGGGAAGAACUACGCAGGAUAAAUGUCAGGGUCCUAGAUGUUGGCUGGCCUGAACAGCAUGCCCCAUCCCUACAUUUACUGUGUUCUAUGUGUAAAAGCAUUGAUAACUGGCUCAACACACACAGUGAGCAUGUGCUCCUGUUACACUGCAGGGGCUCAAAAGACCGGGUAGGAGUAGUCAUUUCAUCCUACAUCAACCUUCCGAGCGUCUCUGGCAGUGAAGAAAAGGCUUUAGAUUGUUAUACCAUGAAAAGGUUCUACAGUGAUAAGAUGGUUUCCCUUAUGACUCCUUCCCAGAUAAGGUAUGUCCAGAUGUUUGGCAAGCUCCUGGCCCAUCAGAUAAAGAUAAACUCCUCUCCUCUCCUCUUCCACUGCAUCUCUCUGAAGCACAUGCCAAACUUGCACCCCACAGUAUGUGGACUGUUUCUCAGAGUAUACCAAGACAUGCAGCUGGUGUGCACAACAGGAGUACAUCAGGUCUCUGUGGGCCAGACAGACAAAGUGUAUUUCGCUCUGGAACCACCACAGCUUCUUAAAGGAGACAUUGUGAUUGUAUGCUAUCACAAGAACGUUGCAAAGAGGAGCAGAGAGAUUGUGUUUCGCAUACAGUUCCACACAGGCACUCUUCAUGGACACCCUUCAGUCUUCUACAAAAAGGACCUUGAUCUUGCAAACAGAGACCCUAGAUUUCCAGAGGGAGGUCAAGUGGAGGUAAUUUUCUCGGAAAACAUGGAAAAAAUCCCAGGUUUUCCACAAGGUAGCGUUGGCUGGAAGAACAACUCUGCGAUUGUCAUCGACUAUGAUACCCUCGAUCCUCUGGUUCACUGGGAUUCUUAUGAGAACAUUGCAGCAGGAGCUCAGCUGACUGAAUGCUCACCGUCCUCCGUGAGCAGUGACUCCGGGCUCUCCACCAACUCGCUGUGCACUGGAGCAGCAGGUCCUGAACUCCAGAGCCAAGUCCAGAAAGCCACUCUCAGGGGCAGCAUGGCCGGAGACCAGCCUCGUGUUCAUGUCCUAACCUCUGAAAUUGCCAUUACAGGUGACGGAGUUGAUAGAGCAACAGGAGAAAACUGUCAUCAUUUAAACCCGGCUUUUCACAUGAGUGCACAAAGAGAAACCAACAUCCUUGAUGAUAAGGAUGAAUGUACAUCAGCUGCUAUAGUGGCAGAAGCUAAGAGACCGGGUCUUGAACUUCCUGUUUUGAGUAGGUGUGAGCUCUCAAACCAGUCAGAAGAUGCUGGAGAUAGGGUGCACCUGGAUGUCACACGGACUCACACGUCAUCUAACAGUGAUCAGACACACAUAUGGGUGAAGCAGCAACAGUUAGUCUCUAAUGGUUCUUACUUGGAGACCAUGACAGAUAGACUGGGACAGAAAAUAAAACCAGGGAUUAAAAACGACUCUGUGGAGGCGGAGCCAGAGGCAGACAAGGAUGAUGAAUUUGCUUCACUUGACCUGGAUAUUGACCAAUCAAUUGAGCAGCUGAACCAGUUAAUCCUAGACCUGGACCCAGAGUUUGAACCUGUACCCACAAUGGCUAGGGGGCACAUGACUUGUUCGAACUCUGUGCGCACCAAUGGAGUUGGGCACUUAGUUGGGCAAGCAAAAUCCAGUCAAUCAGGCUGUAUGUCUAAAGCUAUUAAUGAGCCUGCAUUAUCCAGGUGCAGAGAUGGGGAUUUUUUACAGCCAUUAUCAAAGCCUGCUGUCUACAAAUCACCAGAGUCUGGAGGUCUUUGUGGUAGUGACGCAGUGGAUUGUGGGGUUUUCAGUCACGAGACAGACAGUCCGUUAUGGGUGGACCUUAACCAGGCACCUAUGACACCAGCAUUUCCUGUGACACCUCCUACACCUUAUGUAAAGGGUGUGUAUGACUUUUCUUCUGUGAGUCUCAGCUGUCCGCCCGGCCCACAGCACCUGCUCUCAAGGACACAGCAAGAAUCACGGGGAUAUAGGGACAAUAUGACACACUCUUCUGUGUCACCAGAUGGAGACCUGUUUCACACCGAAGUAACAUCGAGGCCCGCCCCUUUUCAGAGAGGGGGGUUCGGCUCCAUGCGCUCGGUGGGCACCUCAAGUCCACUCCCUAACACUGACAGCCCUGUUCCGCCUCAUUCAUGGUUAGAGAGUGGUUCAAGCACCCCCCUGAGUUACUACACCCCCCAGCCUUCACCUCCACUUUCACUUUCCACCCCUAACGCCCACAGCUCUCCUCGUACACUGCCAUCCAGGCUUGACAUAGGGAAUUUGGAGCUUAGUUUACUGGAAGCAAUGGAGGGUCUGGAGUCUCUGGGCUUAAAUGGAACACAGCCACCGCUGUUACCUCAGAAGAGGAGGGGUAUGGAUGGAGGAGAUCUAUCCCUGAACUCAUCAUUCAGCCCAAGUGGAGGUUUUAAUAACAAUGGGUCACCUACAGCAUCUUCUCCUAGUCCAGAUUCAUUUUCCAGUAAAGCUGACAACGUGAAAUUUGUUCAAGACACGUCAAAGUUCUGGUAUAAGCCGGAUAUCUCUAGAGAGCAGGCCAUCGCAGUGCUAAGAGAUAAACAGCCUGGUGCCUUCAUUGUCAGAGACAGUCACUCAUUCAGAGGAGCGUAUGGACUAGCCAUGAAGGUGGCCACACCCCCUCCUUCCAUCCUAACGCACAGCAGGAAAGUGGGUGAUCUGACCAGUGAGCUUGUACGUCACUUCUUGAUCGAGUGCACACAGAAAGGAGUCAGACUAAAGGGCUGCCCAAAUGAACCCUACUUUGGAAGCUUGACAGCUCUCGUGUGCCAACAUUCCAUCACACCACUGGCCUUGCCCUGCAGACUAAUCAUCCCAGACAGAGACCCCCUAGAAGAGCUGAACGAAUCUCAAGGACAGACUUCUACAAACUCAGCCACCGAAUUACUGAAACAAGGAGCAGCAUGUAAUGUAUGGUUCCUGGGCAGUGUGGAGCUGGAGUCUCUAACAGGCGUACAGGCAGUACAAAAAGCCACCACAGUGUGUCUCGGUCAGGAUCCUCCAAACACCUCCACUAUCGUCCACUUCAAAGUAUCUGCACAGGGCAUCACGCUCACAGAUAACCAGAGGAAAUUGUUCUUCAGGAGACAUUACCCUGUCAACACAGUCAUAUUCUGUGCCCUGGACCCUAACAACAGAAAAUGGACGAAAGAUGGCUGUUUGAACGCAAAGAUCUUUGGCUUUGUAGCGAGGAAAAGUGGAAGCAGCAUGGAGAACGUGUGUCACCUUUUCGCAGAGCACGACCCUGAGCAGCCAGCCAGUGCUAUUGUCAACUUCGUUUCCAAGGUGAUGAUUGGCUCCCUGAAGGCCAAAUAAAGUCAAACAUGCCCUUUUUCCCCAGCCAUUUUUUAUAUUCCACUCCAUUGCAACAGUUGUUGAUUGGUGUCACAAUCAAAAAUCCACGCAUAGGAGACACCAUAAUACUGCAACCAUUAAAGACUGCAGAAAGACCAUUGAGGACUGGAACAUGGCCUUUGCUCAGUGUAACACAUUGUAAAAUGAGCAGAAGGGUAAAAAAAUUUGAGCUUCAUGACUUUGAACUCACCACAGGCUGCUUUGUGCUUUUUACGCAGAUCAUCCAAUAGAGGGAGUCCCACCAUUUCAGCCUAAAAUAACUUUAAAUUACCGGCUGUGUCGGUUGCAAAAAGAAGCAGCAUGUGAUCUCUACAUAGCAGAGUUACAGUCUGUACAGUGCAGAGUCGAGAGGAACUCGAUUCCAAAGCCAUUUGUAAAACCCCUUAAAACAUUUUCCAGCACUGUUUUGUUUCCUGGCGCUUUCACAGUGGCAUGCCUCGAAAUCCCAUAAACUCCGCUGCUUCUGGAAUUAAAGUCCAAUAUCCGUCAGUGAAUCAUUAUUUUUGCUCUGCAAAAAGAACUUCACCCUGAUAAACAUAUCUUAAAGAUAGUGUUUGUCAGUUAUCAGUGUUUAGAUACAGACUUUAGGCUGCUAAAUGUGUCAAACUGUUUAUUCUCUAUUUAAAACAAUGUCAUGCUCAGAGCAGCUUCACCAGCCCUAAAUGAAAAAAAAAAAAGACUGUACCAUAAUUAUUUUUACAAAGCCUCUCUGUUACUACCAUUAAAUUGCAUGUUAAAUGUUUUAACUUGCCUAUUUAAUUUCUGAUAUUAAGAAUUAGUGGCAUUUGGUGUAUUGUAUUGGUUAAAGUUGUGCAUCAUAGCUUAUAUUUUGUGUAUGCUUCUUUUAUAUUCAUCAGUGCUUGUUUAGAAUUUGUCCAUAGAAACACUUGAAUGGUGGAAUUUGUUCGCUAAUUGGAACAACUGAUUUGUGAGUUGACCAGCUUUGUCUGUGGUGUAUUACCUGUUGGGUAAUUUUUUUAUAAUCCAUUUAUCAAUCAUAAUGAACAAUGUUUAAUGUAACUGCACAUAUUUAUUUUCAUCAUUAAGCAUUAUAUUUGCAUUACGGCCAGAAUCUGUGCAUUGAUCUCAUAAAGCAUCUCACUUAAUCCACUAAUCUAAUGGAAAUCAUUCCCUGUCAGUGGAUUUCUCUAAAAAAAAAAAAAAAAGCUUUUCCUCUGCUGCUGAUAACCAGUGCGUUUAUUAUAACUGAUCAUUUAUAGUGCAGCUUUUAUAUGUAAUUUUCAUAUUUGUGCUUACAGUUUUGACAUAUUUGACUGAUUAUUGGCAGCCUGCUUAAAUCACUCUUCCAUGCACUGGUGAUGAUUCGAAUGAAAAUUAACUGCUUGCUGUGAUGUGAUGCAAAACAAGCAUAAGCAAUUUUUUUCAUAUAUAAUAAAUCGUACUGAUAUUUAUAAACUCCUAAUUAGAUUACUAUAUACAGCAGAUUUACAUGUAAAAAGAAGUACAAGAUGCUUAAUGGAGAAUAGACCCAGAACUUCGAUCUCAAGUUCAAAAUCGACACACAGAUUUUUUUUCAGUAUGAAGGAAACUGGGUCUCUUUUAUCUUAACCUGCUCUCUCUCUCUCUUUCUCACUCUCUUAUAACCUCCCGUCAUGUAUAUUUGUUGUAAAUUAUGUAUAGACUUCCUGCCUCUUUAUUGUUAUAUAAUAAAAGCAAUUUGACAAUUGCAGUAAAUGAA